UUAAAGAUAAAUAAAGGUUAAAGAUCCGAUUAUUCUUGUGAGAAAAGAGAAAUAAAAGAUCAUUUCAAGUUUUUAAAUGAUGAGAGUUAUAAAUAUCAUUUUCUUUCAGAGUAGUUUCUCUAUCUGAGAGAUUAAUGCAUCAAUGUCAUUUUCAACUUUGAUGUCAUUGAAUAGCCUAAUCUAGUCAUGGAUCCCCUCUGGGAUGUUUGUGAGUUGAGAGACUACUACAUCCUCCUCAGACAUUUGGACGGUCUCAUUCUCAAAUGUUGAUUCUUACUUGUUGUCUACAUUUGAAAAGGGGAUAGACAAUCAAAUUGAAUGUUUCAAUCUUUUAAGAAGUAUGAUCAAUCUUGCCAAGCAUGUCAAAAAUGUUGAAAGACAAGAUCCCUGAAGGAAAAUUCAAUAAAGCCAUCAAAUUGAUUGUUACAGGAUCAAUAACUUGAUACCCUCAGUUAGAUUCUCAGAUAUUUUUGAGAUUUGAGUAGUAUUCAGAGAGACAUAAAUGAGCUUGUUGAAGAUCUUAUAUUGACUGUUGCCACAAACAUUGAUGCACAUAGAGUCAGAUAUGUUCCUCCAAAAAAGCUAGUCUAUCCACAUCAUGCAGUUGGGAUAGAGAAGACAGUGAAAGAAGUGCUGGAUUUGCUGGAAGCCCAAAAGAACUCAUUGCUGGGCGUAGCUAUUUAUGGAUUUGGGGGCAUGGGCAAGACAAUAGUUGCAAAAGCUGUGGUUGCCAAAAUGAAUAUUGAUGACUAUAAUUACAGCAGUAUAUAUAUAUUUCUAGAGCAGAAUUGCUUUAAGAGCUUACAGCAGCAAAUUCUCAGAGUGUUUCCCAUCUUAUAACAGUAGGAUCUUAAAUAAUUGGGAAGAAGGUAAAGCAGAGCUGAUGCGUGCUUUUAAAUGUGAAAAGAAUAAACCUAUUUUCCUUUUUAUUGAUAAUGCUUCAAGGUCAUGUGACAACCGGAAUGUUAGCAGCAACAUGUAAGUUUCUUCAACACCCCCUGGUGCAGAAAGACUAUUGUCUCAGGCCUCUAGAUGAAAAAGAUGCAUCUAAACUUUUGUUCAGAAACCCUGAUGAAUGUAGCAACAUAGGGAAUGAAUAUUUAGAGAGAAUCCUAAGUAUCUGCAGCAGUGUACCAUUAGCUCGCAACAUUGUUUGUGAUCAAUUACAGAUAAACAAAGAUGUAGCUACAAGAUGUGAUCGCUUAUUGAACGCAUUGGAAAAGGGAGACGAAAUCAAAGCAGAGCAGCUGAGUGAUCGUCUUUUUAAAUAUUGUGUAAUGAUUUGGAACAAUACAGUCAGGAAGCCUUUCUCGACAUAUGCUGCUUCUUCUCGAGCAAUUGGAAACUUCGAGAUGUGAUGUAUAUUGUGGGAGCAGAUGCAGCUACAUCCCUUCUUGAGACAGGAUUGAUUACAUCAACUGCUCAGCACGACGACUCCAGCACCAUGUGUUUCAAGGGGGAGGAGUUAAUUGUUCCGGAAAUCAUCGCCGCAAUGGGGCAAAGGUUGGGAAAAGCCAAUAGAAUCACAUGUUUUAAAUAUUUUCGUGAAGCAGUAGACCUCGGGAAGCUCGGUGAAAUCAAAGGAAUGUGGCUUUGUAACAACACGUCUAAACACCCACUUAAGGAAGAACAAUCGAAUUUAAUAGCAGAAUUAUUAGGAGUUCAUGCCUUGGGAGAGGAAGUAAUACUGAGUGGGGCAAGCAGUGAGAAAUUUGAAAACUUAAGCUUUCUUCACAUCGAAAGUUGCAUUACUCAGUUACUAGUGAAGUUAGAGCUUCCUUCAAGUUUAUUAGCAACAAAGGUCAUGAAACAAUCUGAUGAUAUGGUAUCCGAAUUUUUAGAGAUCGAAGAAGCUCUUCAAUGUUGUCAAUUGGUGAAGUUACAUUUUUCAGGAUAUAGGAAGCUGUGCAAGUUACCAGAGGGAUUUGAUAGGUUACAUGCAUAGAUGAUUUCACUAAAAUGGGGGAGCUGCCUCACCAAAUUUGCGGUCUGCCUGCAUUAAGUUUACUGAGUAUUAGUAAAUCCAAGUCUUUGAAUCACCUAACAGAAUCUUUUAUAAACUUGAGCAGUAGUAUUUAUCCGAUUUAUGGGCACUGAAAGCAUUGCCAUCGGGUUUCAGUCAGUUCAGAGCCUUAACGCAUUUGAAUUUAAAAGGUUGCUGUACCUUAGAAGCUUUUCCUUCAAACCUUGAACAAUUCACAGCUGUAACUGAUUCGAGUUUAAGUGGGUGUAAAAGCUUGGAAACUUUACCUGAAAACUUUGGGCGUCUCACAUCGUUGAAAUAUUUGAAUUUAAGUUCUUGUGAAAAGUUGCAAGCUUUACCUGUAAGCUUUGGAGACCUCACAGCUUUAGAACACCCGUGUUUAAGGCAUUGUAAAGUGUUGAAAGCUUUGCCUUCAAAUUUUAUGCAACUCAAAACUUUAAAAUACUUGGAUUUGUGUUACUGUGUAAAGUUGGAAACUUUGCCUUUUGCUCUAGGAGAAUUUAUUGCUUUGAAUUGUUGUGUA